AUGGGAAACCAGCUGACAGACAUCGCCCCGGGCACGCCAUCGUUUUUACCCAAUUUCCAAUCGCUGCAUAUAGUCGUGAUCGGCCUGGACUCUGCCGGAAAAACAUCGCUACUGUACAGACUGAAACUGAAAGAGUUCGUGAAGACAAUCCCCACGAAAGGUUUCAACACAGAGAAAAUCAAAGUCGCCAUGGGAGCGUCGCGGGCCAUCAACUUCCAGGUCUGGGACGUUGGGGGUCAGGAUAAGCUCCGCCCCUUGUGGAAAUCCUACACGAGACGCACGGACGGGAUCGUGUACGUAGUGGACUCGACGGAGCUGGAGCGGAUGGAGGAGGCCCGGGUGGAACUGCACAAAAUCACGCGCACCUCGGAGAACCAGGGCGUGCCGGUGCUGGUCCUGGCCAACAAGCAGGACCAGGAGUCGGCGUUGUCCGUGAGCGAGGUGGAGAAAAUGCUAGCGAUUCACGAGCUCACCAUGUACACUUUGCACCACAUACAGGGCUGCAGCGCGGUGGACGGCCAGGGCCUGCAGCCGGGACUGGAGAAACUCUACGAAAUGAUCCUAAAGAAGAAGAAAAUGGUUAAGCACAACAAAACGCGGAAACGGUAA